AGCUGCACCCACUCCACUGUCCGCCCACUGUCGCGCCAUGCGGCUCUUGCGCGGCGCCACGGCCCCCGCCGUCCUGCUGAGCGUCGCCGCUGGUGCUGGUGGCCCGGGGCAGUGCAGUGCGCAGGAGGGCACCUGCGGCAAAGGCAAGCUGAAGCUAAGGAGAUGCGCUCCACCUGCUGGGCAUGAUUUGGUACCAUCGAGGAGGCUCUCCCUGAAGGCGGCGGUGAAAGCGUGCCGCCAGCUGAGCGGCUGUCGAGCCGUCACGGCCGAGGUGGGCAACGACUUCCAGCGAGAGGCAGACUACGAGUGGCACUUCAAAACGACGUCGGAGCCUUGCAAAGGAUCCCAGGAGAGUCGCACGGUGGAGGUGGACCACGUUGAGGGUCAAAGUCGCUCGUCUUCGUGGCGGCCACGACCCGGGCACGAGCUGGAGAGCGUGGAACUGGUACAGCAAGACCCGCCCGUCUUGAGACUUGAGGCUUUCCUCUCGGAUGCUGAGAUUCAGCACAUCAAGAGCCUGGCGCUCCCUCGUUUCGUCCAGUCCACCGUGGGAAUGACCUACGAGGCGGGUCAGACUCGGACCUCCGAGACGGCUUGGCUGAACGCGCUUCAGGACAAUGAGGACGAGGUGCUUUUGAACAUUACCGCUCGCAUUACCCAGAUCACCAGGUUGCCCAACGAGAAUAUGGAGCCGUUUCAGGUCGUGCGCUAUCAACCUGGACAAUCUUUCCAAAGUCAUCAGGAUUACCUGGAUGAGCAAGAACAACAAGCCUGUGGAGGCCGUGUCGGCACCUUCUUCAUGUAUUUGAACGAUGUGCCCGCAGGAGGUGAGACGCGUUUUCCGGACUGGGGCUUGAGCAUCAAGCCCGAGAAAGGUUUGGCCGUGUUGUGGUGGAACGUGAACUACACCGCCCUGCAGAAUGGCCAAUUCAGCGGGCAGAAGGAUGAGACGGCGCGGCACCAGGCCAUGCCGGUGGAGGAGGGUGAGAAGUGGGUGGUGAACCGUUGGCUUCACCCUUAUGACUUCCUAACGCCUUACUUCGCCGGCCAGCUGAGAUGACGGGCCAAAAACUAAAAACGCCAGAUUUGCACCCAAGCAGAAAGAGAAGAAACAAAGAGCGCACAAGCAUCAGAGUGUUAGGCUGGGGGAUUUGUUG